AAAUCCGUGAAAAGAAAAAAAAAAUUCCAUGCUUAGGCCUAUAAGUUGCACCACGUGACACACGGGGACGCUCAUUUGCAAAUAAUUGCUGCGUAAAAGUGGAUAAUAACAUGGAGCUUAAUUAGAGCAACGUGUCUGUAAUUAAGUUACAUUUGAGGCGGAUUGGGUAAGGAUCAGAUCACACAUGUAUAUAUAUAUAUAUACACACACACACACACACUCACAUACACGCACAUACACGCACACACACGUGAUCUAGCUUUCUGGGAAUGUUCCUGGAAAGCAACGCGCUGCUUCAGAACGGAGGAAAAACCUGUAGAAAGAUACACACUCGCACAGGAUCCUGCGGUGGACACAAGCUAAGCGACAAGAUCUUGAUUUGUUGACGGACGUUUGCGGUUUAAAAUGGUUUAAAAACCAACCCUACAUACACAUAUAAAGUGGAAGAAUUGGUAGUGAGAACAUGCCCACGGCUGCGGUUUAGGGUUGGACAACACGAGUGUGAGCAGCUUUAUUUCUGAAGUCUGGAACCUGGGAUAAAUAAUUCACAGUAUUAUUCUAGGAUGUGGUGAACUUGCCGCAGUGCUUCAUUGAAUCUGUGCAACUGCAUGGAAAAGAUUUUGGAUGGGGCACACACAGUGCAUCUCCAAGUCAGCAGAGAGCGAAGCGUUUGUGGCCCAGAGUGGAAGCUGGAGGCUCGAUGAGCUUUGUAUUGAGCUCUCCGGGACUCCUGCGAUCAACCCAGACCUCAUUCCUGAAAAACUUGACCCCGGAGUACGAGUACAGGCGCACAGGCUGGAGCCGGACCUAGUGGAUCCAGCUGAGGAAGUCCAGAGAUUAAAGGAUGCUAUGACACACCUUCAGGAGUCGGGCUGGUACUGGGGCUCGAUAACUGCAGCUGAGGCUAAGGAGCUUCUGAGCAACACUCUGGAGGGUUCCUUCCUCGUGAGAGACAGUUCGAGCCCGCAUUACCACCUCACCCUGUCCGUGAAAACCGAGCUCGGCCCUACGCACCUGCGCAUCGAGUACAUGAACGGUCAGUUCGGCUUCGACUCUGUAGUGAUGGCUCGGCCUCAUCUCCGGCAGUUUAAAGGAGCGGUGGAAUUGGUGCAGUAUUACACUCUGGCCUAUCGCAGGCAGGCGGCUCUCCGGGAGCUUGGCACAGAUCGCCAUACACGUCCGACUGCAAUGGCGGAGAAUACGCUGAAGCUCAAACUCAACAAACCGCUAUACAAGGCUCCGCCCAGUUUACAGCACCUGUGCCGUAUAGUUAUAAACCAACAUUCUCGUGAUCACAGACACUUACCUUUGCCCGAAAUGUUGAAGGAAAUCCUGCGGGAAUAUCCGUUCGUACUCUAGACUGUCUUCAGUAUUCCAUUUGAGUAAAUAUUUCCUGAUAUCAUUCAAAUUUGGGCUUCCUGCCAUGCCCCCCCCCACCUCCCCAUGAAUUUUUGUUUUGUCUUGUUUUUGUUUUUUUUGUAACAGACACGAUUAAUCAGCACAACCUGAUCUCGCACAAUAACCGUAUCCAUAUAUUGUAAUUGUAGCUGUAUGUAAUUUACCUACAAGCACUAACCCCGCCCCCUUAUCCAAACCUCAACCAAUCAGCACUUUACGUAUGAACUGGCUCAUGAAUCACGAGUUCUUCCAAAUCAAUUUAGAAAUCAAAUUCCGUUGUCUGUUCAAAGCCAUCAUUUUUAAAUCGGUUAUGGAUUUGCUGUUAAAUGAGUGAUCUUGUAUGAUUGUUACCCACGGCAGCAAUUUAUCCGUAAAUGAAGUGCGGCAGUGUGUCGAUUGGGGUUUAAUAUCGGUGACGUGUCUAGCGUGUAUAUGUCUGAUGGCUACGGUCGUAAUGUGAGUGUUAUAUAGUCUGAUGUUUGGCAGCUGCAUAGGAAUGGUCAAAACAGUACAGAUAUAUUCCUUUUUGUUUUUCUACCUGUUUUGAUGACAAUUCUGGCAUAUUACAAGUGACGCACUCCAUCCAUGUAAUUUUUGUGUCCAAUAUAACAUAAUGCAAAUAACAGUCCGUCAUCAUGGUACACGGAUAUCCGAUCACAGCUAUGUCAUGUUUACAACCAACUCCAUAGAUUUAAUUUGUAUUAAUUCAUCAAAUGCGGGAACCCCCUGCCCCCCCCCCCCCC